AUGGAUGCCAGCUUUCUUUCUGUGCUGUGGCACAGGAGGUCAAAACCUGUAGGGAAGGUGAGGCAACGGGUGCAAGACCUCCGCAUCUCUUCCUCCUCUUACAAUGAGUUUAUAGCCAGCAGACCCACGUUGGACCUGAGCCACAACGAGAGCGCUCGGCUGGCAGUGGACUGCCUGCUCAACCAGGGCUUAGAGGGAUACCAUGAGAUGUUAAACACAGAGGGAGAAGUGGACUUUCUGUCAGAUGUGGAGAAGAAUUACGUCAAGGAAAAUGUGAGGGAUGCUGACACAGUUGAUCCUGGUGCAUCUGCUGAUAAUGACACAGAGUUGGAGAGCUCAUGUGCUGACUCCCAGUCGCCCACACAAUGCCCUGCAGUGUCCACAGACAGUGAUACUACUGUGGCUGCCUUGGACCUGACCAGACUGAAAGAUGUGAGGUGGAGUGAUCCUGUCCUGGACAAGCCCAGCAUCAAGGUUUAUUUCCAGUCUGACAGCAAGGCAGCCGGCAUGAAAGACGUGGUGAGGGAGUUCAUCAGAAAGGCCAGAACGGCCCUGGUCAUAGUGAUGGACAGCUUCAGUGACGUGGAGCUGCUGUGUGAUCUUCUGGAGGCCAGCAGAAGGAAUGUGUCCAUUCAUCUGCUGCUGGAUCAUCUCAACCUGAACCUGUUUGUCAGCAUGUGGCAAGAGCUCAAACUCAACAGCAAAAACUUCCCAAAGCUGUCAGUUCGCAGUGUUGAUGGACAGACUUACUGUGCCAAGACAGGCAGGAAGCUGACUGGCCAAAUUGCUGAAAGUUUCAUCAUCACUGACUGGAAUGAGGCGCUGACUGGCUCAUACAGUUUCUCCUGGCUGUCCUGGCAGGUCCAUCGGAGUCUUGCUGUUCUUGUAAAGGGCAGCGCGGUCACACCCUUCCAUCAGGAAUUCCACAGGCUGUACUGCAGCUCUAAACCAGUCCCCGGCUUC